AUGGAAUUUUAUGAGGUCACUAAUGGACAGCAGGCAGAAUGCCAGGAAAAGAAUGGAAGGAAAGAAACAGGAAAAAUUUCUGCUAUGCAAGAAUUAAAUGAGCAGUUUGUUUCAGAUCCAUGUGCCAGCAAGCCUUGUCACCAUGGCAACUGCAGUAGUAAUGGCGAUGGCUAUCUCUGUGUUUGUAAUGAAGGCUACAAAGGUACAGACUGUGAACACUCACUUUACAGCCCUCCACUCUCAGAAUGGACUGAGUCAGAGGCAUCAAGCCAAAACAGGCUGGUAUCAACCACAGUGGAACCCAACAUUGUCUUGCCACGAGCCCAAGCAACCAUGACAUUGCCUACAUGGGAGCCGAAAGAAGGUCAGAAAGUUGUGGAUUUGAAAUGGGAUGAAGUGGAGAUUAUUCCUGAUGUGGCUUGUGGAAAUGCCAGCUCCAAUAAUUCUGGUGGGGGUCGCCUUAUUUCUUUUGAAGCACCACAGAAUACAUCAAUAAAUAUAAGGCAAGAUGCCACAGCUUCUCUUAUCUUGUUGUGGAAGGUAACAACAGACAGAUUUAAACAGUGCUCACUUAUAGAUGCCACAAGUGUAACUCUUCUCCAAGCAAUGGGUGGACUUGUCCUGACGGAGGAAAUGCUUUUGUUAGGAAACAACUAUUUCAUUGGUUUUGUUAACAAUUCCAUUGCCAAAUGCAUUGUGGCUUUGCGUUUAACGGUGACAGUAAAGGCCAGCACUUGCUCGCCUGAAGGAAGCCAAUCAGAUGACCUUCAAUGUUCAGGGAAAGGAAGAUGCAUCACAAAGCCGUCAGAGACAACUUUUUUCUGUGACUGUGAAGAUCAGUAUUUGGGUGGUUUCUGUGAAGAAUUCAAUGCUUGUCAAAACAACCCAUGCCAGAACAACGGAACCUGCAGGGAUGUUGCAGAAAAACAUGAUGGACACAAUUUCACCUGCACUUGCCUUCCUGGAUAUACUGGAGAAAUGUGUCAGUCAGAAAUUGACUAUUGCAGUCAACAGCCAUGUCAAAAUGGAGGUACCUGCUCUUCCAGCAUCAGUGGAUUCAGUUGCCAGUGUCCAGAGGGAUACUUGGGACCAUCAUGUGAAGAAAAAGUCGAUCAUUGUGCUUCAUUCCCUUGCCAGAACAAUGGAACCUGUUAUGCAGAUCGGCUUUCCUUUACUUGCAGUUGUAGCCCGGGAUAUACAGGUCCUACUUGUGCCCAGCUGAUUGACUUCUGUGCGCUGAAUCCUUGUGCUCAUGGCAUUUGUCGUAGUGUUGGAACAAGUUACAAAUGCCUCUGCAUCCCAGGUUACCAUGGACUCUAUUGUGAGGAAGAAUACAACGAGUGCCUUUCAGCACCUUGUCAGAACGGUGCCACCUGCAGAGAUCUUGUCAAUGGCUAUGACUGUGCAUGUCUUGUUGAAUAUGAAGGAAGGCACUGUGAAUUAUACAGAGAUCCUUGUGUUAACAUUAGCUGUCACAAUGGAGGAACUUGUGAAAGUGAAGGGCUAAAUGCCACAUGUAUGUGUGCACCUGGAUUUACAGGUGAAGAGUGUGACAUCAAUAUAAAUGACUGUGAGAGUAACCCCUGCCAUCAUGGGGGAAUGUGCAUAGAUCAGCCCAACGGAUAUACCUGUCAUUGUCCCCAUGGCUGGGUGGGAGCAAACUGUGAAAUACAUCUACAGUGGAAGUCUGGCCAUAUGGCAGAGAGCUUGACAAAUAUGCCAAGACAUUCUCUGUACAUCAUCAUUGGAGCCCUCUGUGUAGCAUUUGUUCUUAUGUUGAUCAUCCUGAUUGUGGGGAUCUGUCGCAUCAGUCGCAUUGAGUAUCAAGGUUCAUCUAGGCCAGCAUACGAGGAAUUCUACAACUGCAGGAGCAUUGACAGUGAAUUCAGCAGUGCCAUUGCUUCUAUCCGACAUGCCAGGUUUGGAAAGAAAUCUCGACCAGCAAUGUAUGAUGCAGCUCCAAUUGCUUAUGAAGAUUACAGCCCUGAUGACAAACCUUUGGUCACACUGAUUAAGACAAAAGAUUUGUAAUCUACUUCAGGUGUUUUUUUGGGGGGUAUUAUUUUUCAAAAGGAUGGGCUACUGAAUUAAUUCAAAUAUUUUUAAGAUGAAGAAAGUGUAAGAAAUUAAAAAUGUUCAGCUGCUCCAGAAUUUUCUGUAGAUUAUUUAAGAACAGGUUUUCUGCAGCUUUUAGUUUAGGGAAAAUAUUUUAAAACUGAAUUUGUGGAGUCCAUAGUUUACUUUUAAUGUACCUUCAGCUUUAGAAACUCUUAAUCUUACCAAUAGUGUGUGCAUUUACCAAACUCAGAUGACGAAGUUGUGUGGUUACAGACAGAAUAUGAUAGGUUAAGCAAUGACAAGUUUCUCUUUAACAUAACAGUGCCAGCAUUCUCUGUAGAGUUAGGAAAAAAAAUGUAAAACUUGAUAUAUCCAUUACUGAAAAAUGAAGUCUGAGAUGUUUGUGUUUGUGAAAAGGAAUCUAGUAAAAAAUUAUUAUUCCUAAACUGGAUGAAUUAGCUUUCUCCCUCUUUUGUGCAUGGAUAACUAAUCUAUUUCUGCAUUAUGUUCCUGACACUUGCUGAAACAUAAUCUUGAGUUGAUGUUUGCCAUUUUUGUAAUAGUAUUGAAGGUGAGCUUUGUAAAAAUGAUAUAAAAUUGAAGUGCCUAUUGAGGCAAACUCAGGGGUUGAUCCUGCUACUUUUGAAAUAAGUGGAUAGUAUAAUUUCCAUUGACUUCACAGUACUGAGGGUCAGCUCUUUAUAUUGGAACUAUAUUUUUCUUUAAAAAGUCAAGUUUUUUAUAGUGUCAGUAAACAAACCUUAUAAUUUAAACAGGUUGUCUCUCAAAUGUUGUUAAUGUACAGUAUUAUUUUUAUUUCAGUAUGUAUUUCUCAUAGUGCAUUGUAUUUAUAUGUGUGUGUUUUUCUGUGGCUCUGUUUGAUUGCUUAUGUGCUUCAAAAUUCUUGCUUAUUUCAGAGAUAUUGAAUAAAUGUGAUCAAUCCA